AUGGCUCAACUUGGUCACGGAUUAGAGAUUAUUCAGCUAAAGUCACAUGUAGCUCAUAUAUGUGAAACAAGGCCAAAUCCAUUCAAGAAUGAUUUCCCAGGAAGAUCAUGGUGGAUAGCUUUCCACAAACGCCAUCCAGAUUUGAUAAUAAGGACUGCAGAGGGUCUAGACAGGGAUAGAGCAGUAAUGCUACGACCAAGUAUUGUGACAAAUUUUUAUGACAACCUGGAGAAAUUGUACAAUGCUUCUGAAUAUGGACCAACAAAAAUAUGGAAUUGUGAUGAAAUAGGUCAUAGCAUUCUAGGAUUUUAUCUUUUCAAGGCCAAAAGACAGCUUAAAAACUACAUUGCCAAUUGUGAACCGGGAGCAUGUAUGGUUGCACAACCAUAUGCUUGGAUGACAAAAGAAUUAUUUUUAAAUGGGCUAUAUCACUUUGCCAGAUCUAUUCCGGGUGGAGUUUCACCCACAAACAAACAUCUCCUUAUAUUUGAUGGUCAUCAAAACCAUGUUGCUUUGACUACAAUCCAUGAAGCAAAAUCUCUUGGUAUUGAUCUUCUAACAUUGCCUACCCACACCAGCCACAAAUUGCAGCCUCUAGAUGUAAGUGUGUUCUCUCCAUUCAAGGCACAUUUCAAAUCUGAAAGGUCAAAAUGGAUGGCCAAACAUCCACACAUAGAAAUAAGGAGAACUGAAUUGGUAGAACUUGCAAGCAAAGCAUUCAAACUUGCCCUGACAUCUGAAAACAUCAUAGUUGGUUUUCGAAGGACCGAAAUAUGGCCAUUAAAUAAAGAUGCUCUUUAUAAUGACAUGAGACCAAGUGAUGCAUUCAAUUUACAAGAUGAUAAUGAUGCUGCAGGAAUUGCUAGCAUCUUAAGUUUAGUUGGCUUUGGAGAGGCACAAGUGGAAGAGUGUUUGGAACAAUGUGUGAAACAAAUGAAAGAAUUGGAAGCAACCAACUGA